CCUCGACCAAUUUGGAGAAUUACUGUUCAACAGUUAUUGGCAGCUAGUUCAGCUGCCGCCAUUCCAGCAACCACAGCCUCCAAAGUAAGUUCUCCAUUCUGUUAGGAUGUCAACUUUCUGCGAUGAGUACUAAUAAAUUGUUUAAAUCAUUGAAGAACACGGAUCAAGUCAAAGAUUCACAACAAAAUGAUACUUUAAUCAUUACAUCAACCACAACUGUUAAUGAAUUACUGAAGAUUGCAAAUCAAAGGAACAUCACACGAGAGAAUGCCUUCAAAAUCGUUUCUACUCUUAUGGAGUGGUCAAACCAUGGAAAAGUUCAAUUAUCUGAAUUUGAAAUGGAUAAGCGAUUUUUAAACUUAUGCCAGCUAAUAGGCAAUGUAAAUAAGAAACAUCCUGCAAAAAAUGAAGCAAGGCGUCAGCAUAGUAUUGAUGAAUUGGCUACCUUCUUUGGAUUGACAGAAGUUAAUGAGGCUACAAAGAAAGUCUCUGAUAUUUCUUUACCUGAAAUGAUAAAGGUUAUGACUGCGCUAGCUCAGAAGAAGCGAAGACCCAUACCAUUAUUGAGAUCUCUAGCAUAUAAUAUUAGUCGUGUUUCUUCAACACUUACGAUUAAACAGUCAGCUGAUUUACUCUACAGCAUGGCAAUUCUAAGUUUCCCAGAUGAGGUUCUAAUGCAAAAAAUAUCAUCUGGCCUCUUGGAGACUGUACCAAGAACCGAUAAGAGUCCUGUGAUAGGGUCUAUUCUAACAUCUCUAGGACUGUUACGUUACAAGGAUCAACCUCUUUUAGAUACUCUAUCAGACUGGAUCGACAUCCACUCAGAAGGCAUGAGGCCACAAGAUCUCUGUGCCUUUUUAUUGACACUGGCAACGGUGGGUUACAGUCCUUCAAAUGCAGAUACUUUGUUUCAGAAAGUAACGAAUUCGUUGAAAGAAUCUGAUAUGCCAAGUAGUUUAGAUUGGCUUGAUGUUGUCUGGUCUUUGGUAGUUUUGAAUCAAGCAACAACUGAACAAGUUUCCUCAGUUUUGGAUAAACAGUUUAUAACAAAAUUGUCUGAUGCAUCGUGUCUGAACGUGGCUAAGCAGUUGAAACUUUUAAAUAUAAAUGCAGCAGCUCAGUUCCUUUUGAGUAAUUACAAAGGUUUUCUGCUAGACGAAAAUUCAGAAAUUUUUAAUGUGAUUCUCGAGAAGUCAAAAGAGAGGCAAGAAUUCACUAAGGCUAUAACAGACACGCUUUUUAGUUUAUUACCAUCCGCAUCAUUUUUAAAUUUAAACGUCAAUACAGGCAUGGGCUUCACAUUAGAUGCUGAGUUUUUUGUGGACAGCAAAUGUAAUCCUGUGUCUAUUGAAAAAGCUUCUGUCAACCAUGAUGCAAACAGGAUAGCAGUGCUGCCCCGAUAUUAUCACGAUUUUUGUAGAGGGAGACAGGACCCAUUAGGAAUAGCAUUUUUGUACAGCAAACUUUUGGAAGCUAAAGGAUACAAAGUCCUGGUUGUACCAUUUACUGAAUAUAAUCCAAAGGACAAACUAGUGACGCGAGUAAAAUAUCUUAGCAAGCAAAUUCAAAGCAUAGCUAAAAAUUCAUCCAACAUAAACGAAUAGGGUACAUACAUCAACUAGCAUGUACUAAUUUAAUAAAAUUCUGUACAAACAUUUCCAA